AUGAGCUUGAGCCGCCCGGCUACGAGGGGCUUCAAAGAUGCCACCAAAAGCAAGAUCAAAAAAGAGGAUCGUGAGGAAACAUACCAGGUAAGUAGCGGGCUUCGGGGAGGAACGCCCACGCUAACAAAACGCAAGUGGAUAAAACGAACCCUGACAGAAGAGAACCUCAAUGAGGACACCAAGAAACAAAAGUUUCCCCUCGGUAAGGAUGACACCGGAAACACUGUUGCAUCGUUGUGGAGACGCGACAGUCCUAGUUUUAUGCAGGGUUUCCUCAAGGUCCUUCUUGGUUUUGCCUUGCAGGUUUACCUUUUCACCUGGGCGAGGAUUGGAGCGUUUAUUCCUGCUGCAAAACAUAGAAAGGAAAGAGGCCUUAGGUAUAUGGAAGUUCUCUUUGGCAUCAACACUUUGGAAGAUCUAGCUCAGUUCAACCUCCAUGGGGGGCAGAUUCCCGAAAUCCCACUACGAUAG